CAGAAACGGCGUGUGUGUGUCUCGCGCGCCGUAGGAGACCCGAGAGAGCAACUAUGGCGGAAAGGUAGGGAAGACGUUCGCCUCAGAAGGGGAUUCAGCAUCCGCUAGCUACAGUCUGACCAACAUACCAUCCUCCAGUCUUCUUAAACAGAAGUCGUUGUCGUAGAACAGAGACUUUCUGUCCUGACGCUCUUGGUCGUGCGCAACGCCAGGCCCCGGAACACGAAAAGAUGCCGAAUAUUAAGAUUUUCAGCGGGAGCUCCCACCAGGAUUUGUCUCAGAAAAUCGCCGACCGGCUCGGACUCGAGUUGGGGAAGGUCGUGACGAAAAAGUUUAGCAACCAGGAAACAUGUGUGGAGAUUGGAGAGAGUGUACGUGGUGAAGAUGUGUACAUCGUACAGAGUGGCUGUGGUGAGAUCAACGACAACUUGAUGGAGUUGCUGAUUAUGAUCAAUGCUUGCAAGAUCGCAUCAGCUUCCCGUGUCACUGCAGUCAUCCCCUGUUUUCCUUAUGCCCGUCAAGACAAAAAGGACAAGAGCCGAGCACCAAUCUCUGCCAAACUGGUGGCCAACAUGCUGUCAGUUGCUGGAGCAGAUCACAUCAUUACCAUGGAUUUGCAUGCCUCUCAGAUACAGGGUUUCUUUGACAUACCUGUGGACAACCUGUAUGCUGAGCCUGCUGUGUUGAAGUGGAUUAAGGAAAAUAUCCCUGAAUGGAAGAACUGUACCAUUGUCUCUCCAGAUGCUGGAGGAGCUAAAAGGGUCACGUCUAUAGCAGACCGGCUGAAUGUUGACUUUGCCCUCAUUCACAAAGAGAGGAAGAAGGCUAAUGAGGUGGAUCGCAUGGUGUUGGUGGGAGACGUGAAGGACCGUGUGGCUAUCUUGGUUGACGAUAUGGCUGACACAUGUGGCACCAUCUGCCAUGCUGCUGACAAGCUAAUAUCAGCUGGUGCCACCAAGGUGUACGCUAUCCUUACCCAUGGCAUUUUCUCAGGGCCUGCCAUAUCGCGCAUCAACAACGCCUGCUUUGAAGCUGUAGUUGUGACCAACACCAUUCCACAAGAAGAAAAAAUGAAGCAUUGUCCUAAAAUACAGGUGAUCGACAUUUCAAUGAUCCUUGCAGAGGCUAUUCGGAGGACCCACAAUGGCGAGUCUGUCUCGUAUCUCUUCAGCCAUGUCCCGUUGUAACCCCUCCUCAGUGUGUGUCCCUUUUUAUUGUGUUUUAUUACAAAAAAAAAAAAAAACAGGGGAGCCUGAUCAAGUCAUCAAUAAGUUGUAUCUGACUGAGACCCCAAAGGAAUUAACCUCCUGUGAAAUUAUGGCACCCAGUCCACCUGUUGGAGCUGUUCACCUCUAGUUGAGGGUUCUAGCAAGACUUUAAAUUCUUUCCCUUGAGGUUAAGACUUAUGGAUAUUUAGUUCCUAGUCUUUAAAAACCUCCUUUUUUAUUACCUAAGAAAGAGUGCCUCGAUUAGAUGUUCAGCCAUUCAGGUCAUAAUCUGUUACACUUUAAUUUAUUUGGGCUUAAUUUGUAUAAGUAACUUGAGAUGUGCAUCUACACUGGCAGAAAAUUUAAUGUAGUUGAGUGAGGGGUUUUCCCCUACUUCUUAAAUUUUUGUUUUAGUAGAUGCUGGAGGAUCGUAACUUGGGGUCUCUGCAGGCUGGAGCUUCCUUGAACAGUCUUUUUUUUUUUUUUUUCCAUUUCUUUUUUCCACUUUUUUUAUAUUUUAAAUUUGAAAGUAUGUUUCACUUGGAAUCUAUCAUGAAAGUGCUAAUUCUGUUCAUCUUUUAUAUAUGUUGGAUUUUUGUUUUUCAUUUUCAAAUUGCUAAAUUUGUUCUUAUUAAAAUGAAUUGUGACAAAAAGCAAGGAGAUUGGCUUGGGAUACUUUUUCUUAAUGUUCAUAGAAGUUGGAUGUUCAUGUCAUGUAUUGCUUUCUAAACAAUUUUUUUUUUCUUGGAGUGGAGAUUCUGGAAAGCUGUAGUUAAAUUUGGUAUUUAGUUUUAAACUGAGUAUAAAUUCAGCUGGUGAUGUUGGGUUCACAUCCAUUAACUAACUUGGGUAGUGAAGAACAUUUUACUUAUUGACUCUGACAAGCUCUAAAACUUAUUUUAAGAGAGAGGUGCCUCAGUUUUGAGGCAGGUAAUUGAAUCUAAUUGGUUCAGCUGAUUCCCAUUAAAACAAUUAACCUUG